AUGGACGACUUCGCCACCCAAGCCGCCGAGAUCAUCCAGGUCGCCCACAUCAACCGGAACCCCGAUCCCCGCCGCGACAUCAACCCGUCCACCGCCGCCUCCAAGCGCGAACCCGUCUCCCUCGUCAUCGAUUCUGACGACGACGACGAAGACAGCCCCUACGUCGUCCGGAAGCCCCCAAGCAGUUCCCCCAUUCCCGACCUGAGGUUCGAGCAGAGCUACCUCCGCAGCAUAUCUAAAGCGCAGACGUGGUGGGAAGUCGCCUUCAUCACCGUAAAGGAUCAGGUACGGUUUGCCACGCCCCCAAGCGGCCGGCCUCGAGAGGGGCUGACUAUCCGCACUCUUUUUGAUUACCCGCGCAAGCCCAGCAGUAUUCUCGUCGACCGCCUUCUUAGCUAA